AUGCUUUUACGUGAGCAAAUGGAAAGAGUAAGAGCAGCUGAAGAAACAAACAUGGAUUAUGAAACAACUAUACAGCAAUUUAGAGAACUCGUAUCAACACUGCAGAACGAUCUAGAGCACCUGAAGCACAAGGAAGUUAGUCAACAAUCAGAACGACGCACACUGAGUAGUCAGUCUCAAGCCAUGAUGUCACUCAACAUUCAAUUGCAAUCGACAGUAAUGAAGGCCCAGGCAAAGUCUAUUGACCUCGAGCUUCGUAAAUUAGAGGCUCAGCAGGCGAAUGACAGGCUGAGCUAUAUUCAACCUUAUUUACCAGAUGCUUUCUUCAAGACUGAAAAUGAUGCCAUCUCCUGCGUCCUGCUCUUCAAGCGACUAAUGUUCAAGUCUGAACUGAUUAUCAAGCAUUUGGACCAAAACCAUCCGAUCAGUGAGAGGAUUAUGGACACCGUGCCCGAAAGUUUGAUCUCGGUCUGUGAAAUGCGUCAACGAGCAGGCUGGUUGAGUGAUUUGAGUAAACGGUUUGUGACAUUUACUAUGAACUGUAAUCCAACAACAUUUAUCAAAAUGGGGCAAGUGUACCAUGACUUGAUUGGAACCGAAAGACGAUUGACUGGCAUCGUCGACUUGCUGCGUACCGAUGAGGUCAACGAAGGCGAGUGCGUGACAGAACUUCAGAGGAUGAUCGCACAGUUAGAGCAUCUAAGUGAGAUCCACCUGAUAGAAAGUGAAAACAACCAUGCUGAUCAGUUCUUUGGAUUGACACGAGCACUUGAUCUAAACGCUGACAGAAUGACGGUAGAACUGACAUUCUUGAAGCAAAUUGUCGAAAAUGCUGCUCGUAAAGAAAGUAUUACCAUUGUUGAAGGGCUUGAGAAACUAGACUACGAUUACCUUGAACCCCUCAACCGUUUAAUCGUUCAAGCAAAGAACAGCAAAAUACUGGCCAAGAAACUUUUGCGUCAACUUGAAGAUUUGACUGAACAAGCCUUGACGCUUACAUCUGAUUACUUGCAUCGAUUUAAGAUGCUCUAUGCUAUCAGCACCAAAUUAUGCAAGUUUUGCUUUGAAACAUACAAGCAGAUAACUCGUUAUGUAGAGACUAGAGUAGGCAGUAAAGAAGACAUUAGUCUUGGCAUCAUACAGCAGACCAUCUACAAUAAAGCAGAUGAGAUUCUUGAAAUACCCGAGAGCAGCAUGUGGGAAGGAUGCUUAAAGACGCUCAAGUCGCUCACAAAUGAACUUAAUACUACACAUGAGCGUAUAUCUAAUGAAACCAAGACACAAAAGAUCACCAUUGGCGUCUCACCUUGGACCCAACGUGCGUCUGACAUGAAGGCAGAGAUUGUCAUCAAUCAUGACAUGGAGCGUAAGCUUCAACAACACAGCGACGAAAUCCUAAAGUUGAUUAAAGAUGUCAAGCUCAAGGAUCAAGCACUUCAGGAAGCUCACGUAAAGAUUGAGUUACUCGAGAAACGCAUGGAGACAGUCAAGAAACAAGCAGAGCAGAUUCAGAUGUUGGAAGAAACGCUGUCAAAGAGCCAACAACAGGAACAGAUGUAUUCAGAGGCUAUAGAUAACCUACAAGCAGAGUAUGAUAAUCUUGAACAAGAACAUGCCAAGUUAAAGAAGGAGAUCGCUCAAAAGGAAGAAAAGCGACUCUCGGCAUCAAAGAAGGCCGAACUAUUUAUUGAAGACGCUGCGCUCAUGAAUUCAGAAAAUGAAGAGAACAAUUUGGAUAUACACAAUCUAAACAGCCAGCUCGAAUCCUUAAAGUGUGCUAUUCGAUACUUGCGCGCUGAAAAUGCUCACUUGAAGGAAUCAGAUAUGCUCAAGACGCUUCAUAUGGACUAUACAGCUCGAAAGACACUGCUGCCACCCACACCUCCCCUGACAGACGAUGAAGGAGACGAAGAAGAUGAGGAAUACGAAAAUAAAGAGUUGGACUUUAAGUCGAUGGUAAGAUCGGUUUUGCAAGAGACACGUACACUUGUAAAAGAUGUACGUCUAGCCACUGCCACAACAAAGAUAGUUCAAUUAUCUCCUGAACGAAGAGGAGGUAAAUGGCAGAGAAAGAAGAAUUUACCUGAUUAUCAGUACCAGAUGCAGCAGUCUGUUCUAUAUACCCUUAAACGCCGAUGUGAAUUAUUAAAAGAAAAGAUGAAACAUAUUCAGAAUAAUGAACGAUACGCCAAAUGGAGCCAAAAAUCAGCAUUGGCUGAAAAGGAACACAACAAAAAACUGAUGAAGGCGUUUGCAAAAAUACAUUUUCCCGCUACUGCAAUUGUCACUGAACCUAAACGACACAUUCAACUUGAAAGCUUUAAGGAAUUUGAAAAGAUUCAUAAUUUGUUUAUUCAAUAA